AUGGCUCAAUUCACUGUUCGCCGUGGUGCAGAGGCUCAACAGAAUGAUAAAGACAUAUGUAGUUCAGCGUUUAAGGCCUGCUCAAAACUAACGAAACCAGCACAACUGCACGGAGCAGAGGAGCUAUCCGCUGAGAAGGUCCAAUCUCCAGAGACCGAAGCUUAUACCGAGGCCGAUUCCGCUGACGAGUCGCAAUAUUACUUUGACUCUGCCGAGUUCAAGAACAUCCCCGAUCUGGUCCGGACAGUCGUUGGGUUCGAAGAUGACCCUUCUCUACCAGUAUUGACCUUCCGAUCAAUUCUUCUCUCAGCGAUAUCCUGCACGCUAGGGAGCAUUGUUUCGCAGCUGACCUAUUUCCGAACAACGACCGCGCCAUUCCCGGUUUUCUUCGUGAUUCAGGCGUCUGAUCCACUUGAUCGGUUCCUUGCUCGGAUCCUUCCGGCGUAUAAGGUGCCGCUGGGGAGAGUUUCGUUCUCGCUGAAUCCGGGGCCGUGGUCACCGAAGGAACAUGCGAUUGUUGGUAUUGCUGCUAAUGCUGGAAGCCGAGGACAAUGGGCUAAUUAUGCUUAUCAGACAAGGGCUCAUCUUUACUCGGGUUUGCAUUCGCCGCAAUGGGCCUACCCAGUCCGGGCAACCCUGAUAGACGAUCCCGAAUUUAUCUUCCCUCUGUCCCUGCAACAAGUGACUCUCUAUCGCAGCAUGGAUACCAGGAAUCGCACGGGCAAGAAGAGGGCGCUUGAUCAGAUGAAGGUGUUCUGGAUCCUGCUCCUGGCGACAUUUGUCUGGCAGUUUCUACCAGAGUACCUCUUCCCGUUUGUUGCUUCUCUGGCGCCGCUAUGCUGGAUCGCCAGUCGCAACCAUAUGGUCAACUUCAUUGGAGCCGGCCGAGGCGGUAUGGGGCUGCUGAACAUAACCCUAAACUGGUCGAAUAUUGCUUCCGUCGUCAUCACGUACCUGUACAGCGUGCAAGCGAUCAUCUGCCUCGCGUUUGUUUUGACGUGCUGGAUCCUGAUCCCCAUCGCGGACUCUGGGAAGCUUUGGGGAUCGCCGGCUUACGAUAUCAUGUCGAACGGCGUGUUUCAGAAGAACGGGUCUGCGUACCCGUUCAAUGACUUGAGUAAAUUAGUUCGGUCUCUAACUAUUGAGGCUGAGGACAAUAGGGAGUGGGCAGCUCUUACCCUUGUGCCGAUCGUCAUGCUCUUCGGAAUUGUUGUCUCCAAGAAAAUAUACAUGCCUAUCUGGACGUACUUUGUUGCAUUGGGCUUCGGCGCAGCGGCAAUGUUGCCCAUGAGCUUUGUAUAUGCCAUGCCUGGAUUCUCGAUUAAAGUCGGUUAUCUCAAUGAGCUAAUAUACGGGUAUAUGAUUGAAGCAAAAGGCUCCUCCCGACACCCACUGGGCCAGCUCGCAUACCGCAUCAUCUCAGGCAACGUCUGGUACGACGCUCGCACAGUGCUCGAAGACCAGAAAAUUGGCCACUACCUACACCUCCCACCGCGGCAGGUAGUUGGGAUCCAAAUCAUUGCCAACAUGCUCGCACUGCCCGUAAACUACGGCGUGACGCGCUGGGUUCUCGCCACUAAAUUCGAGUACGUGAGCGGCCAGAAAACCGAUCCGCUCGUUCAAUGGACAGGGCACGAAUUCCAAUCGUACAACACGGCUGGUAUCCAGUAUGCGCUCGUUGGACCCAAGAAGCUCUUUGCGUCCGAUUUCUUCCGCCCUAUACUCUGGGGAUUCCUUGCAGGAGCGGUCGCACCGAUUCUCAUGUGGCUCCUGCACCGUAGAUUCCCCCGCGCACGCUUCGAUCUCUGGAAUACAACCAUCUUCUUUGCAUCUGCGGCGGUUUUCUACGGAAAUCUGAGUACGGGACCGUUUACGACGUUCCUUGUGGGCACUUUUACGAACUUCUACCUUUUCCGGUAUCGACGGGUCUUUUGGAACAAAUGGGCCUACAUCAGUGGCGCUGCGACUGAUACAGGGUUCAAUGCGAAUCUACUAUUCAUCUUCAUAUUUUUGGGAAGCACGGGGACGAAGAUGGUGCAUUGGUGGGGGAAUAACGCGGAUAGCGUGGAGAGGUGCUUUGCUUUAUAG